AUGCGUGAAAUCAUCACCCUGCAGCUUGGCCAUCUCAGCAACUACACCGCCACUCACUUCUGGAACGCACAAGAAUCAUACUUCACAUAUGAUGGGCAGGACGAGUCCCUCAUCGACCACAAUGUCCACUGGAGAGCUGGUAUAGGUCAGGAUGGUGCCGAUACGUUCCUACCUCGGACUGUCAUCUACGACCUCAAGGGCGGCUUCGGUUCCCUGCGCAAGAUCAAUGAUCUCUAUGACGUGACUUCGACCGAGUCGACUGUGACAGCCCAUUCGCUGUGGCGUGGCAAAUCCGCGGUGCAUAAACAGCAAGUUAUCGAGCAAAGCGACUACCAGCAGAGCCUGGACGAGGGCACGACGCGCCCGCAACUUACAGAACACAGCGUUCGCUACUGGUCUGACUUCUCCCACGCCUACUACCAUCCAAAGUCGUUGGUGCAGCUGUACGACUUUGAGCUCAACUCCACCAUUAGACCCUUUGAACGAUUUGCCAUGGGCACAGAGCUGUUCGACGCACUGGACAGGGAGCACGACAUCAUCGACAGGGACUGGCGCCCGUUCGUGGAGGAGUGCGACCUCAUGCAGGGGGUCCAGGUCUUCACGACACUCGACGAUGCCUGGGGCGGCUUUGCCUCAUCCUACCUCGAGGAGCUGCGCGAUGAGUACCCCAAAUCGUGUCUCUGGGUGUGGGGCCUCCAGAACCCGUUGGCAAACGUUCCAAGGGAAAAGCGCCAGCUUCGGCUCGCCAACACGGCCCAGUGUCUGAGCAAUGCAUGCCCCUUGGCGUCCAUGGUGGUGCCUCUUUCUCUCCCCGAAACUCAGCUCCCCCUCCACUUGGCUGUUGAACCCGGCUCGCCUUGGCACGUGUCGGCACUUCUCUCCGCCGCCGCCGAGACUGCCGCGAUCCAGUCCAGAAUGCGUGUCGGACAGGGGAACUCCCCUGCAUCUCUGAGUGACGUUGCUGAAGGACUGAACACCAGUGGCAACCAGACUCUUGCCAGCUGCGCCAUGGAUGUGGGCCAUCAUGCUGAUGAGGGGGACAGGAGCACGCUCGAUCUGGACCUUUUCCGGGUAGGUCGUGAGGCAAAUGCUGCCCCCGGCACCGACGAAGCGAGAGGGCGAAUAUUUGGCCAGCUGUCGUCCUAUCGAGGUACCAGCGAGCCUUUAAUCGAGGAGAAGGGUGCACCGACGCCGAGGCCGCUCCCUGGCAAUCCUCAUGUUCGCAGGUUCAACACCCGUUUGCAAUUUCCGCUCUUGGAUAGCUAUCCGCACAUCUACAAGGAUGCUUCCAGUACCCAACCAGGGAUAUCCAUACGCACUGUCUUGUCCACAACGACCGCAAUUUCAGCCCGGAUAAGCACCCUCCGAGCCCAGGUAUCACGGUCUGUUGUGGUGGAAGAGCGUGAGAAUCUAAGCAACGGGCUUGCCGUCAUCGCCGACGCCUACCGAGAUGACUGGUCAAGUGGGAGCGAUGAAGACAAUGAUGACAUGUAG